UAUUCAGACUUAUUUUAGCUCUUGAGUAGUGAAGAUGUCGGCUCCAGGUUAUCCUUAUAGUGGGCAUAGGCGCCAUUUGUGGGAUCCGCGGGCCAUAAGUACAUUUAAUAGAAAUCAGGGAAAGCGUGAUUUCGAGUUUAGAUGGGAAGAAUUUGAUAGGCGACCUUGCGUUCGGUACGAAGAGGGCGAGUUUGUGAAACGAGAUCGUUCUCUACUUCAUAGGCGUCGUAGUGGUACCCUGCCGUUGUUCGAUCAAACACGUGGCCAGAGUCAUUUCGAGUACCGCGACCGUCGACGCAGUGAAAGUUUUAAAGUGCAGCAACACGACGAAAGGUAUGGUGGCCAGCGCUAUCAUGAAGUUGGAGGGUAUAGAGAAGGGCCGAGUGGGCCAAGCCACGUCAAUGUUAGAGAGGAGAUGGCUUACGAACAAGUUCUUAGGCAAAAGAAGCGAGGGAACAGUAAUCAAAAGAAACGCGCAGGCAAGGAAGAAAAAGAGGUCGAGGGAAAAGAAGAAGAAGAAGUCGAGGACGCGCCGAGUUGUUCUGGGUGGCCGAAAGCGGCGCAACAAAGUAAACGGAAUAGUAAGGCAGCAGAGCGAGCUAGGCGGGCAGAGCCGUCCAAAAUCGCACCCUCCAAAAUCGCAGGUGAUUCCGAUGGAUCAUUUGCCAUUUCGAAGGAGAUUACGGAUGAGAUUAGAAGCUGGCAAGUGUACGGUUUGUCAUCGGACGAGUCUAAGAUUAUUUCAAAGAAAUAUGCGAUCGAAUUCGAGGACAAGACGUUCUCAAUCAGGCCACCGAAGCUCGAUAGCUUUAUGUCGCGUCGGGCCGAGUACGGCAAUUGCUUGAAAGCGGUAAACGCAACGGAAGAGGCGCUUAUAUCCACCCAGCUUAAGAUCAUGGAUAUAGCGCCACCUCUCCUUACUUUGUACACUCGAAUUAUUGCUCUCGGUGAGGGCGAAGCGGAAUGGCAGGUGAAGAAUGCGGCUCUAGCGGCCCUGCAGCAGUGGGGACGAGUGUACCACCACAUUUCCCAGCAGAGAAGACGUUCGGUGGCAUCUUUGGUAGACCCGACGUUCGAGUAUCUGCUUUCGUCGCCCAGUAAUUACGUCCCUGGAAAGGAGGCCGUGGGGCUCCUUUUUACGGACUCCUUUCUACAGUCUAUGCUCAAAGAAGCAACACAAGACGCCACGCUGGCCGGUGCGUCGGCAGCGAGGGAGAAAGAAAGAGAGGGGGCAAAGAAGGCGAGCCAUCGGGAUCAGCCCUCCAGGGUGUUACGGCCCAGAAGUGAAGAGCGUGACUACCCCGAGAAUACGGAAGGCUCUACGGAAGAGGAGAACAGUUCUGCGGAUUCUGACGGGAGGAUUUACUAGAGGAUAGAGCAGAAAUCCAAACUCUAAAAUUUUUCUAAGCUGACAGGUGUUCGACCACGAGUCAGUCGACUGCUGGAAAGGCGCAAACGAUGUCUCAAGAAAGGAGAUGUACUGCUGCUUACUGUUGAUUCUUU